GGCGCUUCACUGACAUUCGAAGCCCAAACAUAACCUAGUCACUUUUAGUCAAAUCCAGUGUUUUUUAUGUUUGUAGCAGUUUGAGAAGACAAAAUGAGUGGUUUAAAUAACAUAGAAAUGGUAAUUGAAGAGAAAAAGGAGGAUGGUGUUGAUAGGCAAAAGGUAUGUCCAUUUCUACUAAGAGUAUUUGUGUCUUCGAAUGGACACCACCACAAGAUAUCUGACUACAGCAAAGGCACAGUGCCUGAAAACGAACUACAGAUUUACACAUGGAGGGAUGCGACUCUAAGUGAAUUGGCUAUAUUAGUCAAGAAAGUCAGUCCAGAAGCAAGAAGAAAAGGCACAAAGUUGACUUACGCCUUGGUGUAUCCAGAUAGCAGACAACCAGUUUACAGGCUGAGGGAUAUUGGCUCUACCAUAUCCGGACAGAAGGGUCCUGAAGAUUUGAAGACUUUGGGACAAGCGAGGUUCACAAUUGGUGAUUACAUGGAUAUCUCAAUCACUCCACCAGAGCAUUGGAAUAACAGUCCAAGGAAGAACUUUGCUAAUUCAUACAACAAUCACAGGCAGAGGCAGUAUUGAUUUUUGUUUUAUUCAAUUUCCAAAGUUAAUUUAUUGAUAAUUGUAUUGAGAAAUGUAAUACUUACUUUACUCAUCAGGUUUAUCAAUCAUGUAUAUUUUCAUUUCAUACAUGGAUAUUUUGUAUUUAGUUAAUAUUUGUUUUAUUAACUUUGUAGUUUCAGUUUAAGGAGUUUAAUACUUUUGUAAAUUUAAGCAAUAAA